AUGCGUGAAGAUAUUCAAUGUCUCCGUGGUUUGGCUAUAAUUUCAGUUGUAUUAUAUCAUUUAUUUCCAAAUAUUUUACCAAAUGGUUAUCUUGGAGUUGAUAUAUUUUUUGUGAUUUCUGGAUUUUUGAUGUCACAAAUAUUAUCAAAACAACAAGAAAAUGGCCAGAAUAAAUUGAUGAAAAUAGUUGAUUUUUAUUAUCGGCGAAUGAAAAGAAUAUUACCAAUCUAUUAUUUUGUUAUAUUUUUAUCGACAUUUUUGAAAAUCUUUUAUCAAGCUGAUAUUUGGUGGCCACAAAAUGAUGAAUAUUCAAAAUAUUCUUUGGAAUUUCUAACAAAUCAUAAAAUACUUCAAGAUCAAACAAAUUAUUUCAAUCAAUAUAAUGUUGAUGUUGUUACUUCUCGUAAUUUAUUUCUUCAUUGUUGGUCACUUUGUGUUGAAAUACAAUUUUAUAUUAUUAUUCCUUUUAUUUUUAUUGCAAUUAAUUUAUUCGAAAAUGUUGAUUUCAAAAAAAUCAUAGUUAUUGGAAUAUUUCUCGGAUCAUAUUCGAUUACUUUUAUUUCUGUUGAUCCAAAUUUCACAUUCAAUUUUAUGCCGGCUCGAAUUUGGCAGUUUUCAGUUGGAAUUUUGGCACAAAUGCUUUUGGAUGAUUUUCAAAACAAGACAAACAUGGGUGAGUUUGGAGAACCAAUGCUACUAAAAUAGUAAUUUUCAGAAAAAUCGAGCAUUGCUAAUUCAAACACAGUAAUUCAACUAAAAAUAGUAAUGCAAUCUUCAAUAAUCCUAGUUUUUCUUCCAAUUCAUAUCAAUGAAAAUAUAAUUCGAUUAAUUAUCACACUAAUUACUGGAUUCAUAAUAUUUGAAAACAACGAAAAUAUAAAAUAUCCAUAUUGGUUAAUUUAUAUUGGAAAUGCUUCCUAUGUUAUUUAUCUUGUACAUUGGCCAAUUAUUACUAUGUUUUCAUCAAAUUUAUCAACAUUCACUGUUAUUUGUGAGUGAUAAAACUAGAGACAAAAUUAAUCGAAUUAAUUUUUAGAUCUUAUUGCAUUUUCUUCUAUCAUUAUUCAUCAUAUAUUUGAGAAAAUUGUGUUGCGCAAUGGAAAACUAACAAUCCUUUGUGUAACAAGUUUUUUGCUUAUGGCAAAUCUUGUUCUUCUCAAGGGAUUAGAACAUUUUCCGCCGACAAAGAAUUAUCCAAUCGGUAAGAACUCCAUUCGAAUUUUAUUUAAAAAUAUUCCGAAUUUCAGAAUACGUCUCAAAAAUCCAGGAAAAUUUCGAUUACAAGAAAAGUCUUUGGAGAACACCAAAUUGCAAACUCAUUCCAAUUCCUGAAUAUCCACACGGUCUACCGUAUAAAUUUGGUCGGUGUCAAUUUGAAACUGGAAAUGGGACACAGAAAGUACUAGUGAUAGGAAAUAGUUAUGCAUUGAAUCAAAUUGAACCCAUUCGGGAAGCUUUCAAAGGCAACUUUUCAAGUUUCGAAUAUAUGGCAAUUACUUGUAAGUACAUCAAAAUUUCAGAAAAAUAUCUAAUAUUUUUGACCUAGCUUGCUAUGGAAUUUAUCAAAACGGGAAAGAUGAAUCGGAAAUGAAACUCGAAAUUGCGAGAAGAACAGUGAAACAAGUCAAACCAGAUAUACUAUUUAUAAUAACUCGAAUAUCUGAAGAACAACAAAUUAUGCCAGUAUUAGAUUAUGAAUCAGAUGAUAUUUUAUCACAAUAUCACGAUAAUCUGAAAUUCUAUGAAAAAUAUUCAAAGAAAAUCUUUAUUCUUGGUGCAUUUCCCUUGAUUUCUAUGAAUUUAAUCAAUAAUUAUAUUGAGAAGCUUCAAUUAGAUGUUUUAAAUCCGGACGAUUUUCGGUUAUCAAAAAAGAACAUUGAGAAGAACAUGAAAAAUUCGAAAAAUCGUUUCAAUCAUAUUCGAUGCCAGAAAUGCGAAGUUUUAGAUCUCACAAAGCCGUUCAUGUUCAAUGAUUAUUUCUACGAAUCGGAUAAUCAGAAACUACUUUCUUAUUUUGAUAAUGAUGUUCAUUUAACAAAUGCAGGAAUCGAGAAAAUACGACCAUUUUAUCGAGAAAUUGUGCAAAAUAUUAGAUAG